AUGGCCGAACGUUUGACUUACCGUCGCCGUCACGCUUACAACACCAAGUCCAACAAGACCAAGGUCGUAAAGACCCCAGGAGGUCGCAAUGUCUUCCAGUACCGCAAAAAGCAGGGUGCUACCCCAGUUUGUGGUGACACUAAGGUCAAACUUCACGGUGUAAGUUAUCUUUCGUUUUUAUUGGUUUUUAGGGAUUCUUAGGCAAUGCUCCUUGUUUGUAUAAUUAUUUCCACUAAUUCUUUCGGAAAGUAACUUUCACUCAAAGGUUGUUUUUAAUACUAAUACAAUCCUGUGACGGUGUAGUAUACCUCGUUGAGCUUGAAAAUGUUUAAAUCUUUAUGCCCACUAGCUUCAUCUUUGCAAUUUUAGAUCAAGGCUGUCAGACCCCGCAAAUUGAGCAAGCUUACCCGUCGCCAGAAGACCGUUUCCCGGCCAUAUGGAGGUGUUUUGUCUGCAGGAGCCGUCCGUCAACGCAUCAUCCGAUCCUUCCUCUCAGCCGAGCAGAAGAUUGCUUCCAAGAUCCUCAAGGCCACCGAAUCCAAGAAAUAA